GAUUAGGCCACGGGUGAGGUCGAGUCGCUUUGAAUCCUGGCUAUAAAACGUGCAGAAUAGCAUAGAACGGCCGUCAUGCUUCCCCACGAUGCGUGAGCGUCCAUCGGCUAUUCAAGGCAAGUUGCAUUGUCGGUGUGUCGUCGUUCGUCCGGAUCCAAACUCGACAGAUCCCUGUUGCGGCUCGACUGAUCUUGCACUUAGCGGAAACCUCAACACCAGGCUUGGCCAGUAUAUCCCCUAAAAGCAGGAACAGCCUAUCCUCAAGGCAUCACAAGAACACCAGUUUACGUAAAGCCCACCAUGGCUGCGAUAUCGAGUCGGGGGGCGGCAAAAUCUUCAAAAAGGCCAGCACCCGCCAUUUGCUUCUGUUGUUCCUUCAACAGUCGAUUUCUUGGUACGCUUGCACCAUCUCUCUUUCCGCUCCCGGAGUUUCAAAAGAUAUUAAUCGUCCUCGACGUCACAGCUUCACCACCCGAUUCCCAAUCAUAUCAACAAUGACUUCAGCGCCGACAUUGCAGCCGAAGUUCUUGCCUUCCCGCAACCAGCUCGGGCUGGUGGCCGUGGGUUUCAAUGGCGGUCAGAUGAAAUCAGGCGUCGAAGCCGCUCCAAUGGCGCUUAUCGAGGCCGGACUAAUCGACCAACUGAAGCAAGAUCUCGAAUAUGAAGUCUCGUUUGAUGGUGAAGUGCACUAUUACAAUGAGAUACUACCCGCAGAAGACCCAGAAUACCGCAACAUGAAGAAGCCAAGAUCAGUGAGCGCGGUAACGAAGCAAUUGAGCAAACAAGUCUACGACCACGCUCUCGCAGGCAAGUUCGUGCUUACUCUUGGCGGUGACCACUCGAUUGCGAUUGGCACAAUAUCAGGCACUGCAAAAGCAACAAGAGAGCGACUGGGCAGAGACAUUGCUGUCAUAUGGGUAGAUGCGCAUGCCGACAUAAACACACCGGAAACGUCGGGAAGCGGCAACAUUCAUGGCAUGCCCGUGGCAUUUUUGACCGGUUUGGCAAAGGGAGACAGCGACGAUAUCUUCGGCUGGAUACAGGACGACCAAAGAAUCAGCGUCAAGAAGUUAGUCUACAUUGGCUUGAGGGAUGUGGAUCGGGGUGAGAAGAAGAUACUUAAGGACCACGGCAUAAAGGCAUUCUCAAUGCACGACAUCGACCGAUAUGGCAUUGGAAAAGUAAUGGACAUGGCCCUUGGAUGGAUCGGUAGCGAUACACCUAUUCAUCUGUCAUUUGAUAUCGACGCUCUAGAUCCCCAGUGGGCGCCAUCGACAGGAACGGCUGUCAGAGGCGGCCUCACGUUGCGCGAAGGAGACUUCAUCGCUGAAUGUGUCGCUGAGACCGGCAGCUUAAUUGCCCUCGAUCUUGUUGAGGUCAAUCCAAGUUUGGAGACUCAAGGCGCUCACGAAACCAUUCGAGCUGGCUGCUCUAUUGUGCGCUGUGCGCUUGGUGACACACUACUCUAAGUCUACCCCGAAAUAAAAGCAGUAAACGUUGUGAUUAGUUGACUGAAUCUGAAUGGGGAGUUGUUGGUGUGGCUGGAGUAGGCUAGAGCAAGGUAGACCAGUCAUAGACGGUUCGCCCUUCGUAUUCAAGAAUUAAUAGCGAAUUUGCACCGGAAUGUUUUUGCAAUCUCCGUACUUUACUUUGCAAGCACGGGUCAUUUAGGAAUCG